AUGUUCAUUAAAAAUGACCAUGUUGGUGACAGAAGCCGGUUGGAAGAUUGGAGAAUUAAAGGUUAUGAUCCAUUGACCUCUCCAGACCUUCUUCAGCAUGAGUAUCCUAUCUCUGAAACUGGUAAAAAAAAUAUCGUCGAUGCUAGAGAAUCUGUUCAUCAGAUUUUAAAUGGUGAAGAUGAUCGAUUAGUCAUAGUAAUUGGUCCUUGCUCAAUUCAUGAUCCAAAAGCAGCUUAUGAAUAUUCUGAAAGAUUAGCCAAGAUUGCAUCAAAAUUAUCCAACGACUUAUUAAUUAUUAUGAGAGCUUAUUUGGAAAAACCAAGAACUACUGUAGGUUGGAAAGGUCUAAUCAAUGAUCCAGAUAUUGAUAAUUCUUUCCAAAUUAAUAAAGGUUUAAGAAUUUCAAGGGAAAUGUUCACUAAUUUAGUAGAAAAAUUACCAAUUGCUGGUGAAAUGUUGGAUACUAUUUCUCCACAAUUUCUAAGUGAUUGUUUUUCAUUAGGUGCAAUUGGUGCCAGAACUACUGAAUCUCAAUUACAUAGAGAAUUAGCCUCAGGUUUAUCUUUUCCAAUCGGGUUUAAAAAUGGUACUGACGGUGGCUUACAGGUUUCAAUUGAUGCCAUGAGAGCUGCUGCCCAUGAACAUUAUUUCUUAUCUGUUACAAAGCCUGGUGUUACAGCUAUCGUUGGUACUGAAGGUAACCAAGAUACUUUUGUCAUUUUAAGAGGUGGUAAGACUGGUACUAACUACGAUGCUGAAAGUGUUAAAAAGACAAAAGAAUUCUUGCUAAAGGCCAACUUGAUUGAUGAAAACGAUAAUAAAAGAAGAAUUAUGAUUGACUGUUCUCAUGGCAACAGCAGCAAAGAUUUCAGAAAUCAACCAAAGGUAGCGCAAUCAAUUUAUGAUCAGUUAUCUGCUGGUGAAAAUGGGUUGUGUGGUGUAAUGAUAGAGUCAAACCUAAUUGAAGGUAGGCAAGAUGUCCCUCCAGAAGGUGGCCGUGAUAAACUGAUUUAUGGUUGCUCUAUUACUGACGCCUGUAUUGGUUGGGAAACUACUGAAAAUGUAUUGGAAUUAUUAGCUGAAGGUGUUAGAAAUAGAAGAGUAGUCUUAAAGAAAUAA